ACAGCUAUCAUUUGAAAGUACAGUUAUCAACAGCAAAAGAAAUAUCAUGGUGUUUUAUAAAGAACACAUGAUAAAUUUAUAUAAAAGGAUUCGAAAACAACAUAACCCUAACUUUGGCAUAAACAGUACAUAGACAAUUAUUCAUUAUAGCCAAAGUGCCAUGAGGAUGGUGACAAAUACAAUGAAAACGAUGCAAGGAGCAAGACCAAGAAAAGCAAAAAAAGAAGGUGUGUAAUUAGUAGUACACAAUGAUUGUAUAUAUGGGUGGAUGUUGUAACAGAGACUCAAAAGUGAUGUCAAAAUGUUUUCCCUUGUACUGGCUGGCUGCAGCUACACUUUUAACCCCGGCUGUCCUCUUAUUAGUGAAAAGACCCAAAAUUACAUUUUAAGUUCCACAGUUCCACAAAUUAUUUUCCGUUCAGCUGACCUUGGUAUCUCCACCAAUAUUUUUCCUUAUAAUAAUGCAUCUUAUACGAGUUAUUUGGUUAUAAAUAAAAGGGCAUAGUUGAUGAGGUGAUGGACAGUUUUGAACAUGACAGUUGAGUCUCAUAAACGUGCUCGUAUUCUCCAAUACACACCUGAAGCUCUUGACAGUUCUGUAACAAAGACAUGUCUUGUUCUGCUGUUGACUGUUCUGACAGACCCUCAGCGGGGAGUUCUUUGCAGUUUUUCCUGGUAUGUUUAUCAUUUUUGAUGUCUAAGCUAGCUCUUUGUACUGAUAUUAUAACUAGCAAACCAAUAUGAGUGAAACACUAUGGCAGCUAACUACAUUUCAUAAUAAUCUACAAUUUAAUGUAUGACCAUAGGAAACACUCGAAGUAGCUUUGUUUAGCUAGUUUAGACAGUCACUCCUUUUUUAAACAAACUCCAGAAGAGGUUGACUGGAGCAUUUCUCUGUUGGAUAAGUGGGUAAGUUAUGGGUAAGUUACUCGGUGGGUAAUUUAUGGCAGGUGUUAGAGCUAGAUGAAAAUCAUGGUAGGCAGCGAUGAGUUUUUUCUCAAAAAAUAGGUUGUGCUGAGUGUAAAUGUUUAAUGCAGUUUACCAGUAUAUUUUUAGUUGGUACCUCAUAUUGGCUACUUAUACUUACAUUACUUAGAUUAAGAUGAUGGACAAACCAUGUUUAACCAAUGUACCAUAUUACGUUCCUGUUCAGGCAAUAUCUUCCAGUGUACACUUUCAUCUACAGUUUCCAUCACCAAUAUGGUAUCUACUGCGCAUGCUCUGGCUCCAAGGUCUCUACUGCGCAUGCGCUGGCUCCAAGGUCUCUACUGCGCAUGCUCUGGCUCCAGUAUUCCCAAGAUGGCGACUCCCAAGUCGACCAAAAAAGGCUGUAAAAGCGCACAGUGGAAGUAAAUGGCGCCAUGAUGUCAACUCAUAUAUAUACCGUUACAGAUUUUGACCAAAAAAGGCUACAAAACCGCACAGUAGGAGAAAAAAAAUGACGCUAUGAAGUCCACUCAAAUAUACACGGUCAUAGCUGCAGCUUGUUAAGGUGUAGGAGAGAUGCUGUGUGCUCUGCAACAUGCGUCCCGCUGAACCAGGUGCGAAAGAUGGACGCCAUUGCAAGACUAACAAAACCAAAAACAACCGGGGAGCUGUAGCUGAGUGUCCUCCUGAAUCUUGCAGCGAGAGCAAAAAAUCCAAAACAGUAGGAUUAUCUCUCAAGAAGCCCGGUCAAACCGUUCCAGCUACUGCCAGUGAAAAGGAUGCUUGUCCGUCUAAACAUGGAAAAAGCAAAGAGAUGACUUUCAGUAUGCAAGCAGCUCCUGAGCAAGAAGCCAAGUCUUCAAAUCAAGAUCGUCAUCUGUGCAAGCGUCCAGAGGAGAUGUCGACAGCGGUGGAUAACAGUGAGGAGGAUCUGUACAGGGCAGCAGAGGAAAUAGAGCAGGAAAGACAGGAGAAGCAGCUGUCACAUGCAGCUUCAGUGCCUAGUUCUGAGGACCAGACCAGCGUGUCAGCUCCUGAGGGUCUGCUAUCCUACAGUCAGAGAGAAUGGAAAGGAAAUACCACCAAAAGCCACCUUAUCAGAAAAGGGUAUGAAGCAAUAGCUCAAAAGUUUGAGAGUCUGCGCAGAGUACGAGGUGAUAACUACUGCGCUCUAAGGGCAACCCUCUUUCAGCUCUUCAGCCAGUCUUACAUACUCAGUAACUGGCUCCAAAAUGCAGAAAUUGUUCAGCUGGAGUGUGUGCAAGAUUUAGUGGAAGAAUGGAGGUUUCCUUUCGGGAGCAGAGAUGAAGGAGGAGCAGUGGAACAGUUGGAACAUUGUCUAAAUCUCCUGAGAGUCAGGUGGCAGGAGGCAGUUCAGUGUGAGAGCCCAGCGGAGCGGGAACGUUUUUGCCAGCAACUGUUUGUGGGGGGCCGUGAAGAAUAUGAGCUGCUGGAGGCCCUGAAGUUCUUGAUGCUGAAGACAGUUAUUCAGCUGCACUCGGCCAUGAAGAAGGGCUCCAGUGUGCCUGAGUUCUGCUGGCUUCUUUUUGCCCGUGACACCUCCAAAUGUCCCAGGAGCUUCCUCAUUAAUCAUCUCAGACAUGUGGGUUUCAGCGGAGGUCUGGAACAGGUGGAGAUGUUUCUGCUCGGCUACUCGCUACAGCAUACGCUUCAGGCCUAUCGGCUCUACAAGACAGAUACAGAGGAGUUCAUCACCUACUACCCAGAUGACCACAUGACGGAGUGGCCUUGCCUUAGCCUGGUCACCGAGGACGAUCGACACUAUAACGUGCCAGUCCCUAAACAGCCCAAACUGCAAUCCACAAAACCUGACAAGUCAAUCAGGCCCAAAUGGAACUUGCCUUCAAAUGGAACAGGAAAAACUACACUUCUAUAGAGAAAAUCUGAUGACAAUGACACAGCCUCCAAACGUCUGGAGGCUUUAUUAUGUCAGAUGAUUUUCAGCCACAGACCUUCCAUCCUUUAUGCAUUUUGCAUAGAAUUCAGCAUUGGCGUGAGCUGAGGAGUCUUCUGGGGUUUUUUCCUCCAGUAUAAAUGACAGAUAAGCCAAUCAAUAUGUGAAUCUAGGCAGACUGACUGACAGUUGCACAGAUAUUUUGAUCUCUCUGAUAUUAGCUGACACCUUGGAAGUCCCACCCCUUCCCCUUAUCUCACAUUAGUAAUCUCUUGUUUCCUCUUGAUUUUCCGGUUUGAAAGAUGCACUGUGCAGGGCCCUCACUUUUUCUGUCAGGGUAAACGGAGCGUGUUUUCAUGCGGGGGAAAAAGAUCUAUUAAUGUAUGUUCGACUCUGCUAACAUUUAGACUUUUUUUUGUAUAUAGGCUAGUUAACGUCAUUAAUCAUUAUAUUUAGUAGGGAUUCCACUGAAAGAGGCACUUGUUUAUGGAAUUCAAUUCGUGCCAAAUGUACUGAACGUAAACCUUUCAAGAAAUAAACAGAAAUAUGCUGUGAGAAAGAAUAAAAACACCUCCAAGCAUGUAAGUAUAAACUUACUUCAAGUAAAAACAAGGAGUGCACAACAGCGAACAUUACAGGCUAGCUGAGAAAAGUGUCUGCAGACAAUGCUGGGUGUGAAAACGGCUCUUAACCGGUAUGUUCUUGACAAUCAGCUGCCGUUGCUUAUUGGCAAUGAGGGAGUCUGACGUAAUAAAGACAAAAGCGUACUGUAUUACGCACUUUUAUACAGGUGUUUUCUGUGACCGCAGACCUACUCAGUCCAAGGUAAUUAACAUAACAAGCUAAUGAACUUCGUUUAAAAUCCGCUAACGUUAUAAACACCAAGCCUCGUAGACUAAUGAAACAUGUACAGCGCUAAAUAGAAUGUUCAGUAACAGUUGCGAUCAAUACUAAACGCCAGUUCAGACCAGACCUAAUUCAAUUCAGUUAAUAUUUGAUUCCGUGCUUUUUUUCUUUCUUUCUUUUCUUUCACACAUGGCUUUUACACUAGGCCGUUAAUUAUUAAAGAUUUCGCAGAUAGUAUCUCUCUCGCAUGAACUGUAAACUUAUCUACGCAUAACUGAUAACUGAACGCUGGAAUUCCCGAAACCAAUUCAAAAUCAGAGUGCACUGUUGCGCAUUCUGCCGUCAGUGGUUCGUAUGGAAACGCACUUGAAACACGUCCAGUAACUGCACUGUUUAGCGGUGAGGGACAAAAGGACAUGUACUCGGUCUAAAAAAUGGUAAUGAUGCCCACACAAAAAAACUGAUGGUGUGAGUGAUCACCUCAUCCACCUCACCUUCUACCCCUCUAGUCCGCCACCAAAAGCACCCAUAGAACCCCUGUGUGUGUGUGUGUGUGUGUGUGUGUAUAUGU